GCAGAAAGCAAAAUGAGUAACAAAGCAGGCUCCUUUCUGUGGAACCUCAGACAAUUCAGUACUCUAGUUCCAACAGGCAAAACUGUGAGACUGUGUCCUUUGGGAUUUUGCAGACCAAAAAUUGUUCAUCCAAACUGGAACCUAAGAAACCUUCCGUUAAGUGGUUUUGAUGACAGAAUGCGAUCAUCUGUCAGACAUCUCCUUCAGGGUAUGUGCGUUUUUAAGUCAGGGAAUGAUGGCUUUCUAACUGAGGGUGUAGGCACUACAGCAGUCCUCAUGGUGGAUAGACUAUGUGGUCCUAGGAGACUAUCCUUGGACUCAAAACCUCCUCUUGUCUCUGUUGGUAGUUCUGGUAAUGGAUUGAAGAAAGUAAACUUUCAUCAUGAAGUCUUCAGUGAAGAUGUUCUCACCAAGGAAACAAAACCCACCCCCACUGAUAGUAGAAAAUUGUCUCAGGAGUGUAGUUCCCUGAGUGAUGUGUUGGACAUGUUUUCAAAAGCACCUACAUUUCCUAGUAGUAACUAUUUCACAGCCAUGUGGACAAUUGCCAAAAGAAUGUCUGAAGACCAGAUGCGCUUUGAAAAGCACCUGAUGUUUAGCCACCCUGCGUUUCACCAACUCUGUGAGCAUAUGAUGAGAGAGGCCAAGAUCAUGCGCUAUAACCACCUAUUGUUCAGUCUUCAUGCCAUAGUGAAGCUUGGAAUCCCUCAGAACACUCUCCUGGUGCAGACACUACUGAGGGUGAUCCAGGAACGGAUCAAUGAGUGUGAUGAGAAAUGUCUUUCGGUUUUGUCAACUCUUAUAGACGCCAUGGAGCCAUGCAAGAACGUGCAUGUUCUUCGAGCAGGAUUGAGCAUACUAGUUGAUCAGCAAAUAUGGAAAAUAGACCGUGUCUUCACAUUACAAGCUGUGAUGAAAUGCAUUGGAAAAGACGCACCAGUUGCUCUUAAAAAGAAGCUGGAGAUGAAAGCUUUAAGGAAAUUAGACAGAUUUUCAGUUUUGAAUAGCCAGCACAUGUUUGGGGUGCUAGCUGCCAUGAAUCAUCGCUCUGUGAUACUCCUGAAUGAAUGUAGCAGGGUGGUCAUAGAUAAUAUCCAUGGGUGUCCUUUUAAAAUAUUGGUCAGCAUAUUGCAGUCCUGCAAAGAGCUCCAGUACCGUAAUGUAGCACUCUUCAAGGGCAUAGCAGAUUAUGUGGCUACAACUUUUGACAUCUGGAAGUUGAAACAGGUUCUUUUUCUCCUCAUUUUAUUUGAAAACAUUGGCUUUCACCCUCCUGGUUUGAUGGACUUGUUUCUGAAGAAAGUAAUAGAGGAACCUGAAUUCCUAAACAUGCAAAGUAUUGUCUCUGUUCUUCAUGUGUACUCUUCUCUCAAUCAUGUCUACGAAUGCCAGAACAGAGAGCAAUUCCUGGGGGUUAUGGCUAGCGCUCUGACAGCCUGUCUCCCCCACAUCUCCUCUGAAAACCUGUUGAAUGCUGUGUGGUCAUUUUGCUUGAUGAAUUAUUUUCCCCUCGCUCCUGUGAAUCAGCUUCUCCAAAAGGAUGUCAUCAGUGAGUUGCUGGCAUCAGAUGACAUGGAGAGAAAUGUGCACAAGCUGCGUCUCUUGGAAACUUGUCUAGAGCUUGACGAUACUCCUUACCACAAGCCCAUAGACUUGCCACUCCCACAGCUGCCUCGGAUGCCACAGUAUCAACAUGUGAAGGUGGCUCAGGUGCUGAGCAGCCUGCUGGGUGGAGACAGGUUCUUCUCAGAGAAUGUGCAGCUGCCGCACGAUUAUCAUGUUGAUUUUGAAAUCCGAAUGAACACUGACAGGACUCAGGUGCUUCCCUUUUCUGAUGUGGAUGCAGCUUCUACAGAUAUUCAAAGAGUAGCUGUACUCUGUGUUCCUAGGUCUGCAUAUUGUUUGGGUUUGAGCCAUCCCAGAGGAUUCCUUGCUAAGAAAAUGCAGCAUUUGAAUAUAAUGGGUUUUCACGUGAUCUUGGUUAAUAACUGGGAGAUGGACAGGCUGGACAUGGAGGAGGCAGCCACCCUCUUGAAGACUAAAAUCUACUUGGGAGAAGCCCUGCCUGCGGCUGGUGUCAAUUUGCAAAGCACAUGA